AUGGCUAGCAUCGCCAGCGGGAAGCGAGCUGCGUGUCCUGAUUGUGUCCCAUUUGGAAGUGUUUUCGCAGUUUUUAUACACCUCACUCCGUCGGCUCGGCUGUUGACGAAAUGUUGUUGAGCAGAAGCCGGAACUAACACAACUUGUAUUUAAAUACGUUAUGUGAGUUACCUUGAUUCGCAGGCGGAGAGUAAAAUUACGAACCUUUGCCCGCUUACUCCACUCAAGUUACAUUUUGAUCUUAAUUGUCUUGUCCACAUUGGCCAUCUUAGACUACCGUUCUGCGUUUUCAGUGUAAUUGAAAGGUAAGCGUCUUGAGGUAGUUAAAUUGGGCUGUUACAUUCGGAAAUACUUUUGAAAGAUGCAAAAAUAGCAGAAGAUUGGUGAAAAGACUGUGGUUCUCAGCGAGAAGUCGGUCGCACCUACUCAGAUAACUUGACGGUCGUCUGGCGAAUCAUUGCAAAUCAUGUUCCCGAUAACAUUUCCCAAAAACGUAGAGUAUUAAGUCUACGAGAAAUUUGGGUGAACCAUAAUGUUAUUAGGGCGGAAAAUUAGUAAAAGGACCUGUGUUUUUUAUGCGGUCGUUUCCAGAUGAUAGUCUAGCGAGUCGCUGUAAAUUGCUCUAUCUAAGGCAUUUCCGCGAAAUAUGGCGAUCAAAGCACUUGUAAAGUCAUAGAAUUUGAGAGUUUACCGGACGUGUUAGGCUGAUUGUUAAGGGAAAUCAUUGUGGAAAUUUCAAGUUAUUUGUUAUUUUGUGAUAUCUUGGGAAUCUGAAGUUUCUUUGAGGAUACUCAAUAAUCUGGUUCCAGAGGAAAUUCUAUCUUUGUUAUUUUAUCAUAAAAAUAUAGAUGGAUAGCAGGAGUUUUUUCCUCUUUCCAAACAUGACAUCUUUGACGUGCUAUUUUAUUCUUCACAUGUCAGGAUCUCCAGGUCGUUAUGGCAACCAGGUUUAUCAACUUGGGGGUUUACUUUUCACAGAGGCUUUUAUUUCAAGUUAAGACCCUUUCAAAGGUUAAGCACAAUUAUCUUUUAAGAGGAAGACAUUUAUUGUUACGAGAACUUGUGACAAAUGUUUUCGCAAGUUGAAGUAGUUUUUAGCGAAAGGUGAUCUCUGAAUUCAUACGGAAUUCAGUGCUCCUUAAAAGCCAUAAACGUUUUUAGAGUCAGACGAUAUGUAAUCAAUAUCUUUAUCCUUAGAUAAAAAUAACGCUUAAUGGCUGCAUGUGGAUAUGAAUUAAUGUUCUCGUGUUGAUAACAUCUGUUACUCUCGAGAGAUAUCGUGAAUGUUUGAGGAAAAAAAUCCGUAUUCACGCGCACCUAUAUGAUGUCCUCUAAGUGCGUUUUAUCAACGGUAUCUACUACAGCGAGAACGUAACGCAGGCAAAAAGAUCAAUGAUCGCCUUAAGUCAUCUCAGCCUGCAGGGAAAUUAACUUCCUAGUCUCACUAAGUUUCAUGAAAGAACACCUAGGAUAUCUAAUGUAAGGUGGCGGGCAUUUUGAAGGGUAAAGGCUCGUGUUUCUUGUCUUAAUUAUUGAGUGAUGACCAUUACAACGCCUGUAAACAUGCAGAAAAUGAAAACUAAAUUGUCUUCUUCUGAAUUGUUGGUCUCAUAACUUGUCGAAGAAUCUAACUCUACAAAUUCCGUAAAACCGAACAGAAUUCGCCUACUUUCACCUCGAAUAAAAGUUCGCAACAGUGCUCGGAAAGUCCUGAUCAUUGCUUGAUACUAUAAGCAGCUUUCAUAUUUUGAAUAUUUUCUCCCCUGAUAAAAUCAAACACUCCCUUUCGUAGAUCAUCAGCAAGCGAUUACCACUUAUGUGUCCUUCAUUUCUACCGAAGUGGAUUUGACCUUUUGGCUGUUUCGGUUAUUUUGAAAAAUUAUGUGCCUCUCGAGACUUUGCAGCCUUCUCUCGGCUCUCCUCUGUAAGACAAGGACGAGGAAUCAUUAAAGUUUGCAUUGAUCUUUGCUGCUGAACAGCAAACGACACUUUACUGAAAGAAAGACGGCUAAAGUCUACUACUCGCAUCUAAUACAAUUUUACAAAUUUGCUAAGCGCGGACCUGCAUGUACAUGAGCUAAACAGUAGAGUGUCAAUGGUGAUUCAAUAAGAUGAAACAGAAAAACUUGAUGUGUGACUGGAACUGGGCGCAGCGCAUAGAAAAAGCGGGAAAUUUUAAGGGCAAUAGAGAGCUUUAGCGCCACGUUUGGAGUGAGAAGUUUCGAGAUUUUCAGCAUUUUUUAGAUCGACGUCGGAUUUCGCCUGAAAAAAACAACAUGUGCGUAGUCAUUUUGAAUUACACAAAGGAUGGAGGUCCUUAAUUUCAAACACAAAAUGUAGCUAAAAGAUUUGUUUUCUAGCGUCCCAAACGGAAUGGUUAUAUAGAAAAGACUUCAUUUCACAUAUAUUUAUAGGACAUGCGUAAAAACAUUCGAACAGGAAGAAAAAAAAGGGUCGAGGGAGUGCAAUUUGAGUAAGUUUAAGAAAGUCACCAUCCACUUUUGCGCGCGAUAAACCAAUUAAUUAUUCGUUUGAGUAGUAGUGACUUUGAAAUGUCAAGCGGCCUUAAAGAACAUUGUGUUACUUAAUAUCUAUAUUCAAUUUUUUAUAAAUUUAUCACUAUUCUCUUAUGAUCUUAGAUUCCUUUAAAACAACUUGGUUGAAUUGACCGAAAUACGCUAAUCAACAUGGCUGAAGGCAUCAAUGAAAGAGAAACAUGGACUUCGAAGGUCGACUUUCUCCUUGCUUUGAUGGGAUUUUCCAUUGGACUCGGUAACAUUUGGCGGUUUCCUUACCUGUGCUUCAAGAAUGGUGGAGGUGAGUCUGGUUCACCUGUUUUUAUUUUUGAGCGAAUAGGGUAACAAUAGGGUGGUCUAGUAAGAGGACGGGAACGUCAUUUGAGAACAGCGCGCUCAGCAAAAAUGUCGAUAAGAAACUGGGUCGAGAACACCGUCGCGUUGUGUUGAAAAGUGAUUUAGCAGUCGUUGCAACGAGAAUCCUCACCUAGGUUUUUUAAAGAUCACCAUCACCUUUGAAUUUUCGGUUUUAGAGACCACUCGAAGGACAACGAAAUUAUCUUCUUUGAGAGUUAUGUAACAAGCGCAAACCGAGGAUAGUUAUAGAUACGGCAAGUAAGUUGUUAAUAUGAAUCCACAUGGGCGAUUAAACUUUGAAACUAUUCCAUCCCAGUUUAGUCUCGAGUCUGCUGAUUCAUCUAUCAAAUUUUUAACCCACUAAAAUAGUUUUUUUCCUAUGAUUUGUGUCGCUGUCAUUACGUUUCGUGCUACUAGAUUUCUUCACUUCUCGUUUUUCUUUAUAAUUUUGUAAAGGAUAAUUUAGAAAUCGUCGUCGUUUUUCUCCUUAUUAUGACAGUACAUCUCUUUUAAGCACCACCUUCUUAAAGUUGAAAUGCAUUUUGAACGAAAUCACCAGGAGUUAUGGUGAAACCAUGUAGAAACCAAGCGACCCAACGAUGGAGUCGGUUAACGAUGAGUUCCUAUUUAUCCGUGAAAGAAUGAAAUUAACUCAAAAUAGUCACCAACGAAACGGUUUGACUUAGGAAUAGGACUUCGUUCCUGUUUUACUUAUUUAUUUAUUUUGUUUUUGUUUGAUUUUUUUUUUUAAAACGAAUGAAGUCGUUCAAGACUGAAUCAAAUAAAUAGAUUUAAAAAGCUGUGCCAAAAUCAACUCGAUUCGAAGCGAGAGCAUGACUUUCUUGUCUUAGUUUUCACCGGUGCUGAUCAAAAAUUUCAAACAGAAAAAAAGUGCAUACCUGAGCUAUUCUCAAUUUUUUUCAGCUCUGACUUCAAUUCGCAGAAGAGUUUUCAAUCACGGUAAAAACGACAAUAAAAACAAAUAACACUGAAUAAUACAGUAGGUAAACUCCGUGAUAUUUCAUUUUGAUAAACUUCAACAUGAAGCAAGUUUAAUUUAUUGAUGAAUUGAUUCAUAAUAAAAUUAACAGCGUCCCAUUCUUAGAGUUUUCAUACAAGACUAAAGAAACGUAUCAAAGAACAACCCUUUCGCUGUUUUAAGCCAUGCUCAAUUACAAGUGUACUGAGCUCUAAAAUCUUGGAUCCGGCGCUUGCCAACGAUUUUGUCUCCUUUCGGGAAUCAGCAUAAAUGAAGCGGUAAAUUUUCCCAAAAUACACCGAUUAAUAAACCAAAGGAAGGGACCUGGUUAUCCUGGAAAUGAGUUAUGAAAUAAUUCCUGAAAUAAUUCCAAACAGCAUUAUCUCGUUUAUAAGCGCAAAAUUUACGCAAAUCCCAGGCGUUUUGAUCGAGACGGGAAAACCAGCGAAAUGACGUCCUGAACUUGUUGGGGAGAACGGCAACGCUAACACCAGAAGUCGUAAAAGAGUCGUGUCCAGACUAUCUGCGCGCUUUCCCGUUCUGAAAUGACGUUCCCGUCCUCUUGCUAAAUCACUCUAUGAGCUUGAAUAGCUGGAGAACCUUAAUUGAGUAAGUUGUCAUUCGCUUGCCUGACAUUACAAGCGGUUUUAAUUUAAGAGGUAGGGUCUCAGCAUAUACGCUCCAGGGGAAUGUAUAUUUAUAAAUUCCUCUCAUUUGCAAAUCGGAAGUCUACUGUAUUCAAGCUUCAUGGCGGAAGUUAAGACGCCAGUAUCACGUGCUUCGCGUGCGUUUUUGAACUAGCAGUGAAUAGCUACUGUGCCGCCAUUUUAAUGGACAAACAGUAUUGCAUCGGAAGGAACUUUUUUUUUUCUAAGAAUUAGGAAGAACACGCGAUUUCCUAACCAAAUGCCUCUAACAUCGAGCCCCAUCGCAUGUAAGACUAAUAGAUAAGACCUGUAAAGUUUACAUUUCCCAGAAAUUGAUAGCAUCCUUUCAACUUUUUAGGUUGUUUCCUCAUUCCCUAUGUGAUCUGUCUGAUCCUGGCCGGUGUUCCUGCUUUAGUUUUGGAAAUAAGUUUGGGACAAUACACAAGUCAAGGUGCCAUUACAGCGUGGAAAAUAUGCCCAAUUUUUCAGGGUGAGAAUUCUUGGCGAACAAAUGUUAGAAAAUAGAUCUAUUGAAAGUUCGUCACGUUCCGUCGAUAGGGAAAUAUUUUUCAUGUUCGUCAUUUAUUAACCCUUUUUCUUUAUCUUCUCCUUCCUUGAGAAUGCUACUUCCCUGCUAUUUUAGUGUUGUAUUUUGGGCAUUAAAAUCUCAAACUCCAUACCCGUUUUGGCGUCACAUAUCCGUUCAGGCCAAUCAGGCCGAUAUGCUCAUCCCUUUUCGGCACCAAGGCUAACAACUGUAGUACGAAGCCGUGUGUUGGGAUUGAUCAAGUGAUUUUAUGGUCCUUUAUUCCUCGUAAAAUAAAAUAUUGUCAGUAUGAGUUAAAUCAUAUUCGACUAGUGGCUGAUAAGUGUGUGACAAAGGGACUUCGAAGAUAAAUUGGCCGUCGCACAAGUUUAAUUAGGGCCCCAAAAUUUUCUCCUAAGGCGUCAAAUGACAUUAAAUAAUUAUAGUUUAACCAACAGGAUUUAUUCGUCGUCAUUAUCAUCGUCAUGGUCAUUAUCAUCGAUUUGUCACUAAAAUUGGUUUGACUCUAGGUAUUGGCUACGCUGGGGUGCUGGUUAUGCAGUAUGUUAACAUUUAUUACACCGUGAUUCUUGGCUGGGCCUUCUAUUACAUGUUUGCCUCGUUCCAAUCCUCGCUGCCUUGGUCACAUUGUGGAAAUAAAUGGAACACACCAAACUGUGUCAAGAGCGGUGAAAAAUUAAAUAUCUCAGAACAAAAUGCUUCGGCCAUAACCAGCGUUUCAGCAAGUCAGGAAUACUGGGAGUAAGUAAUGUUUAUACCAUUUAAGGAACACUUUAUUUUUAUAAAUUCCAUGCUUCAUAAAGGCUGUUAUGAAAAUGUUUGAGGAUAAUCAACUGAAGAUGAUAAUUUUCAUGUUGUUAACCACUGACCUCGCAAUUUUUUUUGUUUCAUCAACGUAAGGCAGUGUCUCAAAGUUUAUUUGUCCUUUGUUUUCAUUACCUGUCUGUUUAACAGUGUGAUAAAAACGUUUUGGUGGAAUCAAUGGUAAUCACAAUUAUUAGAAAAAAUUAGGGUAUCAUGGCUUGUUAGCUAGCUCCUUAGCCAUUCAAUGUCUUCCUAGUUUAUGAAAUUCGUUGUUUCUUUCUUGAAAUAGCUACAGAGUUCUGCGACUUUCUGGCGGCUUGGAUGAAGCGGGUCAAGUGAACUGGGACCUAGCUUUGUGCCUAUUGUUGGCUUGGAUUGUUUGCUACCUGUGUGUUUGCAAAGGAAUUAAGUCCAGUGGAAAGGUAAGGGCUAAUUUGCUUUAUAAGUAAAUUUAUGAAAAAGGCUAACGUGUUUGCCCUCUGGCUGUCGAUCUAUCUAACCGUUCACCUGGGCCCACGAUGUCUCUAUCGUUUCCAUUCAACCCAUUUCUACACACAUGUCUCUUUCUACCUGUCCUUCUAUCGGUCCUUCUUUCUUUCUGUGUUUUAGUCUGUCCGUGCGUCAGCCCAUCAGUACGUCUGUCUGUCUUUGCGCCCGUUCGUCGGUCCAUCUGUCUGUCUGCCUAUCUGUUCGUGCGUCCGUCCGUCGGUCCAUCUGUCCGUCUGUCUGUCUGUCCGUUAGUCUGUUCUCAUCUCCGUCUUUCCCUCUGUUUUUCUUCUUAUCUGUCUGUCCGUUAGUCCGUCCGUCUGUUUGUCUGUCUGUCCGUCUGUUCGACUGUAUGACUUUCCGACUGUCCAGUCGUAUUUUGUCCUUCUGUCCGUCUAUCUGAUGGUCUCUCUGACUGUCUAUCUUUCCGUUUGUCGGUCGGUUCCUCCGUCCGUCCUGUCCACCCGUCUGUCUUUGCUUUCCUCUGUCUGUCUGUCUUUCUGCUGCUGAUCAUUUUCAAGAAGCACUGUUUUGUUAAUUUUCAGGUUGUGUAUUUCACUGCCACAGCACCAUAUAUAUUGUUGACAGCAGUCUUAAUCCGUGGUGUCACUCUACCUGGAGCAGCCGAUGGAAUUAAGUUUUAUCUGACUCCUGAUCUGUCAAGACUUGGUGAUGGCCGGGUAACCUGUUAUUUUACCGUACCCGGUGAAUCAACCCCCCCUCCCCCCCCCCCACAUUAUAAGCGUAAGCUUGUUCCAACUCUCAAUCAUGCGCACGGCCGAACACGCACAAAACGACAUGUGCUAAUAAGCUGAGAAGAAAACGUUUUCUUACUUUUUUAAUUUCAAGAAAAUUGUUCUCAUUUUUCGAGUUCGAAAAUUAAGGUAGUCAAUCAUCUCUUUUAUUUUCUUUUGUAUCUCACUUCCCUCUAUACUAUUCCAAUAAUAAUUAUAUAAUGCAGCAGUCCUUAGAAUCAUCGAGUUUUAACAGAGAAAAAUAAUUAUCAAACCAGUCUGAAUACGAUCGAAGUUUAUGUCAUUUCGCAUUCUCUGUUUGUCAAAUUUUUCUGAAGACUGAAAACCGAGAGUUGUUUACGAAAUGCUUGUAAAAGGUUACUUAAUAUCGGGAAUUUGGCUUUUGACGAUCUUGGCCAAUCUUGUGGAAUAUCGCCUCACGUGGUAUACACGUCUUGAUCUUUAAAUCGCCCUACAUAUUUCUUGGUUGCGACAUUGUGUGUAACUUCAAACUGUUCUAUUGAGAUAGAAAUUGCUUUUCCACAGGUAUGGCUUGAUGCUGGCACCCAAGUGUUUUUCUCGUAUUCCAUUGGCACAGGAACGAUUACAGCGCUUGGAAGCUAUAACAAAUACAAGAACAACUUUUACAGGUGGUUAAAUGAUCAAUCAAAUACUUCGCUAGCCACGAUCGGUUAAAAUGUGUUACGUAACCAAACAUUCUAAACCCCAGCUAAAGCUGGAGAAAAAUCUUGUGAUCUUCCAAGUAGUAAGAAGUAAGCAAAUAGAUGCCUGAACCAUUUUAGAGAAACAAAAUAGAAUUAUUUAUUUUUUAAAACAUCCUAUAAAACCGAGCUAGGUCGGUCUGUUUGCGACACCUUGACCUAAGUCACUAGUCAAAACAUCAUUGCUUUCAGUCUGUAAUAGCGAUCGCGGUCAUUAUUCUCCCAUAGAAACCUUCCGCAGGGUUAAUAACUAGUCAUAAACACGAUUUGUCACAAGUCAUCUACUCAAGAUUAAGUGCGUUUUCCCUUGGGGAAGACCUCUAGGAUCCUUUUUAUGAAGGUGUCAAUGUAUCUGAAGUGCUGUUUUGCCAAUUUACAGGUAUCACGAUUGGCUUUUUAACUAUGUUCACCUUCUAUCUCUGAGUGUAGGGAUUCCAUCAUAUUCAGCCUGUUUAACAGUGGAACAAGUUUUUACGGCGGAUUUCUCAUCUUCUCUGUGUUGGGUUUUAUGGCCAAAAAUCAAGGAGUUCCAAUAAAGGACGUUGCGAAAGCAGGUAAAACAGUAUUUAGCACCUAGCUCACAAAGGACUAACGCAUCAGAAACUCUUACCAGAUUAACCUUUCCGGAGUCAGAUUACCACGUUUCACACGGCUCAAGCAAUCAAUACUCUGGCGAUCACGCUGAAAGUGUAUAACUUACAAAUUCCUCCAAAUGCCUCGUGAUCUAAUUAAUUUCUUUGUAGGUCCUGGACUGGCCUUCAUUGUUUAUCCUGAAGCCGUGGCUCAGAUGCCCUUAGCUCCAUUGUGGUCCGCUCUGUUUUUCUUCAUGAUUAUUUUGCUGGGCCUGGACAGUGAGGUAAAGAAUAUUUUUUACCUGCAUUCUCUCGGGCUGAGUAUUAGAAGUAAUGAUUAAAUAGCUUUCUUUUAAUUACAGCUGUGUGCUUGGUUGCUUUGCCCCUACAUAGAAGUGAGGCUGAAAGUGACCUUGUUAUGAAGGAGAAGUGAAAGUAGUAGGGAUCAUGACAGAGUAUUUUGCUUGUAAAAUGUGCCUUAAAGUUUAUAAAAAAUAGUGUUUAUUAUCUUGAAAGUAACAUUUUCCAAGCCAAUACAAACAAAUUGAAAAAAAAAUGUAAAUAAAAAUAGUGCUGAAAAGUCUCAACUGGCCGGAAGCAGACCAGUUAGCUACAAACAAUGCGCAGUCAAGGAGUGGCACUCGGUGUUAGCGAGAGCAAAUCCAUUGAGUAGCAGGGCGGUAGGCUUGAACUUUGGACCACCAGAUUACAGUCUGGCGUCCUAAUCGCUCCUGUUGCAAUGGGUCAAUCUCGACCUCCUGUUAAAAGCAUGGCAUCUAAGUGUGUAACAAUAUAAUGGACUAUCAUGGUCAGGAUAAGUAUUUUAAAACAUGAGAUAGAAAACAACUGAUGGGAAAGCAGACCUUUACAACGGUCAAACCCUAUUCUUUAAUCGAGGGAUCUUCAAUACGAAAACAAGAUCCUUUUGAAACCAUAUUCAAGAACACUAACAAUUUAGUCUAUAACUUAAAGUAAGUUUCCAUAGCUUGUUUCCAUUCUUUUCUUUGAAUUGCGUAACCACUGAUUUUUGAUUCCUCUAUGAAUUAAGUUUGUAGGUAUCGAGGGUGUUGUGACCGCAGUUGUGGAUUGGUAUCCUCAAUACCUAAGACGUGGCUACCGUAAGGAAAUUUUCACUGCUGUUGUAUGUGCAGUCUGGUUUCUCCUAGGGCUGUCCAUGGUUACCGAGGUAUGCUUCACUUCUGGUUGCUUUGUUGUUAAAAAACUAGCGGUAUACCACGAUUGUUUUGAUUGAAAAGACCGCCGUAAUUACUAAGGUGACGAAUAGACCGUGACGCCCUUGUUUAAGCGUCGUCCUCGAACAGGCGAACCAUGUGAGAGCGGAUGUAGUAAUAACUGUCGCACCCAAAAAGGGCUGCAUCUAAAGAUACAGUGCUUAUUCGUUAAUUGUGUCCCAAGUCUCUGUGAGGUACAAGUUUUCCUAAACUACAUCUCAUGCAAAGCAUUAAUGUUUUACUUCGAAACGGCGAUAUAGAAAAAUUUGGAUCAUAAAGAAGAUGCAAUGACAUUAAAAUUUUUGUUAAUAUAGAAGCCCAUUGAAAACGAGAGAGUAAAUGAUCAUUUGAACAUGAUCGCCUAUUACUGUGAGGAGGAAGAGGAUUCUAGUUUUAUAUAAAGAUAGCCCUCUCGCGAGUGCCUCCACAGAAUUAGGACAGCACCUGGGUCGCAAAAAACUUUACUGAUACCUCGCCGCUUCAGUUACCUAGUAAAUACGGCAUGACUGUAAUGUAAUUGAGAUCCAACUCCAAAUUAAUGACGGAAAUUCAGAAUUUAUUAGAAGGAAAAAUAGUCUGGGAAGUAGUGAAAAUUACGAACUUUAACUUGAAACUACUUUGUCCUGCAGUGUUAAGGAUUUCUGCACAAAAUGUUCGACUAUCAUAUUAAAUUAUUGAAGCAGUUGUAAAGUUUUUGGCGCGUAUCGAGUAAUAUUGCCAAUAUUUCAGGUUUAUCUUUGAAUCCUCAAAACAUGCUAAGUUUCGAAAUCUCUUGUAUUUUCCUUGAACGUGGAGAUUAAAAUCAAAGGAAUACUAGAGCACACUUCUCCUUUUAAGAGAGAAUUUCCUUCCAUACAGUAAACAAGUAAAAUCAAUAUCUUUUCUAGGGUGGAAUGUACGUCUUCCAGUUGUUCGAUCACUACUCUGGAAGCGGAUCUGUAUUGCUACUGGUUGUCAUAUGCGAAUGUCUGGCUAUUGGGUGGCUGUACGGUAAGUAACAAUCCAACCCAAUUACAGACUGAAUUAAUUGAAUCAGUAUGCGUAUCACCCUUUAAGGAAGUCUGAUUCUGCUCCCAGGGGGUGCGGAGGCGGGGAGGCAGUAAAGAUAUAAUUUCCCUUUUACCUUUCUUAGACAGGGAGGUUGAAAGGCUCACGAUAAAUUGUCGAAGUAAAAUUACAGAAUGCUUAUCAUGGGGGGUGAUCUGUGAUAGAAUAGUAUCUCCAUUGAAGAAUGAUGAUAUUUAGGCUUGCUUAAUUUUUAAAAAACUGGGUUGGUUCCUGGGGCAUUGGAAUCGGGGUCAUGUAUUAGCCGUGAGAUUUCACCUACUUUAUUCGAGUUUAAUUUCGCAGUUUUGGCGAAACAAUAUUUCUCAGGGUUUUGUUUUCGCGAUUUCAGCAGGCAAAUAUUAAAACAGGGCAUUAAAUUUCGCGGUUCAAGCUCUUUCAACCUUAUUUUGUUUUUCAAAAUUUCUUAACUUUCGACGACUGCUCGAAAGAUAUUCCUAGGAAUUUGUUCGAAUCUAGCUAUUGAAAUAACUAGCUUCUAAUUGGCUAGUUAGCUCACUUGAUAGAGCACUUCACCGGUAUCGCAGAGGUCAUGGGUUCAAAUCAAGAGAAUAUCACUGUAUUAUCUUGGUUUAAAUCCCGUACAGGUCUUAAUUUUUUUAAGGCCUCGUAGUGCCAAGUAGUGUUCAUUACUGCGAAGAUUACUUUUAUAUUCAUUUCUCAAUCCGAAGUUCACAUAAUGAUUUUUAUAUAUUUACAGUCAUUUAUUUUCUAUUUAUUUGCGAAAUCUUUGCAAAUUAUCUCCAUUUCACGACAGAAGUUACAAAAUAGAACUUAACAAAGAGACCAGUUGAUAAUUUGUGUAUUUGUCGAUACAUAUCUUCUUUGUGUUAUGUUUAAUCACAUGUUAAGAUUUUAAUUCUGUGAUUUGAAUUUUCUAUACGGAUAUUACAUUUCUCGUGAUGAAAUUCCGCAAAGAUUUUAAAUGUGUGAGUCUUUAGUUUCGCGAUUUUUCGGAAAACCGCGCAAAACUCAGAAUUUAUUACCCGCGAAAUUAAAUGCGAAUGACAAGACGAUUUCAUUUUAUCAACUGAAUUGAUAAUGUAAAUUAGACACCGCAAAGAGUUUCAAAGCCGACGUUUUGAGUUUUAGCCCCUUGUCAGAGCAAAUAAGCGCGAAUAAGGCAAGUUGUAAGAUUGUUUUGCUUUUGAGUUCAAUGAAGUUGUGUCUCGGAGUAAGACCACAAAUAUGACCAAAAGAGGUCGAAGUUUUACACCUUCUUGUAGUCCCUUCAACGUAUCAGUUCCCAUAAGUCAUUUGCUGAAAUACUCUGAUAAAACACUGAGGAAACCUCCAACAAAACGCACGUUUGGUGUGUUGUUGCUUUCAUAUUUAUAUCAAAACGUGCAGCAAUGAAGAUUUAUGUUUUAAACUAAACACAGGUCGUAAUCGUUUCUACGACAACAUGGAGAGUAUGCUGGGAUUUCGAAUCAAUCCAUGGAUCGGUUGGUGUUGGUGUUUUUUUCGCGCCAGUUUUUGUGCGGUGAGUUUACGGUACAUAGUUUUUAAAAUGUAAAGAUUUUCGAAUAACGUAUGAAUAGGUAAGAACUUACUACAAAGAGGGACAGAUUAGGGUUAGCUCCGAUGAAAAUUACCUCAUACAGUCCCCUCAUGCUGUUGAAACAGGAUUAAAGUCUGGCAGUAAUAGGCCGCUUGGCCCGUGGGACAUAAUCCUCGUAGUUAGAACAUGGUAGAGUCGCUAAACAAGCUGGGACUCUAAUUAUGUAUUAACUUUUGUUGCAGUUCAUUUUCAUCUUUAACCUGAUUACGUAUCAGCCCAUGAGUUAUGGCAAGUACGUUUAUCCAGGCUGGGGCCAGGCUUUUGGUUGGUUGUUGACGGCAACCUCGCUAACCUGUAUCCCGGCUGUGAUGAUAUACAAACUGAUCAAGACCACAGGAACAAUCAGAGAGGUACAUGAUUCAGUCAUUGUGGGGUCGCAGUUGGACAUUUUCUAUUAGUGCGCGCACAGACGUAGGAAAUGAGUACAGAAGUUGCGAAAAUUCUUAGAAUGCCUUCCUCGGCGACCCGCGUCACAUACCUUGAAAGAGAGACAAAUCUAAUCAACCCUUUCACUCCCAGAUAAAAUUUGUAAUUCUCCUUACCGUCAACCAUACGAUUCUUUUAAUGUUAGUUCAGAGAAUUUAGUAUUAGAUCAAAUAAUUAUCCCCAAAUUGAUAUUGUUCUUUAUUCUCAUCACUUAUCUUGUUGAUAUUGUAUUUAUAUCGUAAGGAGAAAUUCUGUCUUGGUCACUCAUGGGAGUUAAAGAGUUAACAAAUAUUUUCAAUGCUACCUUGCGUUUGUUAAGUAAGGAUCACAGAUGACGUCAAAAUGUGGUAAGAACAAAAAAGUUGCACUCGAGGCGUUUUCCAUUAUGAUCUCUUGUGAGUACAUAACAACGGGGCAACUGACCUAAGUAGUUAGUCGACGCAGUAAUAAUUGCAUCACCCUAAAAUCAUGGAAUGAGACAUUUGGUGAUAGUUUUACUUUAUGUGAUGAGAUUUCAGUGAGUUGUAAGUUUUCUUUUAUUGCCAGCGUUUGAACAAGCUGAUUAUACCUGAGAUUGAAGAGAAAAGGGAUGAAAUUGAACUUGAAGAUCGCGGGGGACACCAGGCUGCUCUGUUGACGAAAGACAACGAGGAAAAAGAGCAGAAGGCCUGAUGACUUGAAAACGCCAAUGCAUUUUAUUCUUUGGAAUAGUUGCAAUAUUGAUGUCGAUUUAUUCAGUUAUGUGAUAUUACAACUAGAUGUUGAGAUAUGAACCAGUUAAGCGAUCUAGCAUUAAUAAGAAGUGUACAAUUAGCAAUCAUAUCAUUACCCCAAUGAGCAAUAUAACUAGCGUAAGUCUCAGUUAUUGAAAGGAAAUGGAGGGUUUUGAAAAUUGCUUUCGAAGGCUUCGAAGAAAGUACUCGCUUUUAAUUCUUUUAUUGAUCAAAUACGUUAGCUGAAGUUAAAGUAAAUUAUGUCAUAAUUUGAGUUCACUGUUUAGUAGUGGACUCUAAUAUGUACUUGCCUUUUUGUGACUAGUAUGAACUGGCACAUGACUACUGUUAGAAGUAAAACUCUAACACUCGUUCUGUUGAGUUUUUCUUUAUUCUCUUCUUUUCUACUCAAGUUAAUACAACGGGUACUAGCUCAGAUCUCGCGAGGAGAGUGUGGGUCACCGCUUAUAAGGUGACGCUUGCUGAGCUAUCAAUCUCUAAUCUCUCACCUUUGUCAUGCUUUUACAUUGAACUAGCGAAUCGCGUUAAGCUACGCUGAGCGGAGUUCGCAUACUAAGUAGAUACCUUCGAGAUGUUUAAAACAAGAUUAGUAAUAUAAAAAAUUAUAAUGAACUUACUAACAGAAUAAGAAUCAUACUUGAAAAGAUAUCUUAAGAGAAACUAGUCCUCGAAGACUGUUACACAACACGUUUAUAUCGUAAGUCGCCUUUAAGAAAAAGAGAUGUCGAACAUGUUAAAAUAGGACCGCCAAAAAGACUAAGAAAGAUCAUCCGGCUUAUUAUAAUUUUUACUGAGUGUCUUAUGGUAAUAUAUUAUUUCCAUUCAUUUUCAACGUUUAAAUAAGUCAAAAAAUACCUUAAAUGAAAAUCCUUGCCAGAUGCAAAUUUUGUCUUUUUGUAUCACUACGUUAGCAAUACAAAAGACUCUCGGAAACUCGAAUUGUCAGGGAUUUCGGGCCACGCUCCCAUUUAUAAUUUUUGGGACACCUACAUCCUCCCCUGCUCCUCUCAGUGUUGGUCUGCUAAAUGGUAUAAACACACUAGCAUAGAAACAUCUUCAUAGAAAAAUGGGCGUUUAUUGAAACAUUGGUCUUUAUAGAAAAAUUGACAUAGGAACAUCAGUAUUUCUAGAAACACUGGCAUAGACACAUUGGUAAUUAACAUCAUUAUAAAGGAGAGAGCUCAGGUUAAUUAAGGUCUGGGUCAAAAAUGAUUUUCGCCUCCAGUGCCCCCCAGCAAGGUUCGCGGAAUUCGCGUGGACUGCGCGAGUGACCAUAGUUACUUGGAAUCAAGAUCUUGUAGUUCGUGUACGGCAUCCGCCAUUUUGAAGUGUCGGCUUUGCAUUGGUUUUUCCCAUCUUCGCUGGUGAAUCCGACAAUUUAGAGGAAGACAUCAAAAGAAGGUAAUAAAAUUUUCUUUGCUGUCUUCAUUUCCUCAAAAAAUGGCAUGAUAUCGCUAUCUUAAAGCCAAAGAGAACCCUUUGGAACCUACGAAGACUUCUAAACACCGCUCUCAACAUGCUCAUUGACUUCACUGCAAAUACGAUGCAACAUUAAUUUAUAACAUAGCGCUCAUUUCUAGAGCUCAAUAGCGUUUUACAAUGUUUGUAACUUAUGCAUAGAAAAAAGUACUAUGUUUUGUAACAAAUGCAUAGAAAAAGUUUCAUUGUGGAUAUACCAUUCAAUUUUGAAAUUCAAUUUAGCUUGAUAAAUCCUCUAUCAUAUCAUGAUGUGUAUACUCAUAGUGUCUAUCAAAAUUUAGGCUUUUGAAUGCUUUGGAAACAAUUUCUCUAAGAAGCAGAUGAAUUUACUUAUAAAAGUAAUCCCCCAAAGCAGUUGUUAGGUAAUUUUAAUUGCUUCUGAACACUCGCGUGUCAAAAUGGCGGACACUAAGUUGAAUACGUGACUGCGAGUUUUCAAAAUUCCCACCUCUUAAACAAUUUUAAUUUGUCUUUUUUCCAAAUAAAUAGGAACCUGUAGGAUUACUUUCAUUGACAGCGGUUGGAACCAGGUAAAGGCUAAGAUGUUUUCGGGCAAAAACCAUGAUAGAGGAAGCAGCUUCGCGGAGACAAAACUUGAUUUAAUCUGCCUAGCACAUCUCUCUUUUUUUUGGCAGCCAUUCCAAGUGGGAAAACAAUGAAAAAACUCUCAAAUAUUCAUAGCUCAAGAAAGCAACCGACGAAUUUGGCGCCUAAAUUAACUGUUUUUGGCUGUUGAGAGUAUCAUAUUACGCUGCCACAAUUCAGUCCGAGAGAGAUGGUAGUGAUACACAUUUCUGCCAAGUAUAAGAAAAAACCCUCGCAAAAUAGCUAAGUUAUUCUCAAUUUUGUGAAAAAAUAUGGGUUAAAGGCAGGGUGACCCAGGCCUUAAUUAACCUGAGAGGGACGGAAGAACAUUGCAGACGUACUUCAGAAGAAAUAUUUCAGCUAAUUAUGUCUAGAAGUGCAGCUGACAGCAUGUAAACGAAAAAUUCAUAACAAAGGAAAUGGGUUUCUAAGUUAGAGAUAACGGUCGAAUUCAGGUGAUUGAAUUAAUUUUAGCUGUUAAAAGAACCACUGACAUAGUUUGCUUUUGUUCUUUAGUUCGUAACAGUUUUGUUUUCGAUUAAGACGUAAAAUUUUUUAGUUCACUCACGAGAAAGAUUACCCGCCUUUGCUUUACCUUUUCCUCGCACAGGUGCAAGUAGCUGUUGUUGACUUGCAAGACCGUCAAAUUUCGUCACGUUUAACAUCUCUCCUGUAUUGCACUUUAAGUCAUAGUUGUUUCUCAAAGGUUUCUUUUAACCUCUUAGGUUCUAAAAGGCACAUCUUGGGUAUCAGAUACCUGCACGAUAGCACGGCAAUUAAAAAAUGACAAAGUUACAGUGGGAAAGUUGCAGAUGACUGCUACUCACGAAGCGCUAUUUUAAAUGAUAAUCCUUAUCGAGAGAGAUAAACAAACAACAUACAGCAAGCGGAGAGUGUUUUUAGAAAAGAUAAUAUUGGCUUAGAUGCCAAAGUCCAUACUCAUAACUCAUUGUAAAGUCCAUUCUCAUAAUUCAUUCAUUCCUUGUACUCAUAAUUCGAGUACACUGUUUAGUAGUCGACUCUAUUAAAUACUUGCCUUUUGGUGACUAUCAAGAACUAGCACAAGACUACGUUAGUGAUACAAAAGACACUCGGCAAUUCGAAAUGGCAGGGAUUUUGAGCUACACUCCUAUUUGCAAAUUUUGGGAAACCUACAUCCUCCCUGCUCUUCACAAUGCUGGUCUGUUAAAUGGCAUAGACACACUGGCAUAAAAACAUGGGCAUGGAAACAUGUUCAUAGAAAAAUAGGCGUUUAUUGAAAUAUUGGUAUUUAUAGAAAAAUUGGCAUGGGAAUAUCAACAUUUAUAGAAACAAUGGCAUAGACACACUGGUAAUUAACAUCGUUAUAAAGGCGAGAGGGCAAAAGAACAUUGUAGACGUACUUAGAAAUAUUUCAACUAAUCAUGUCUAGAAGUGCAGCUGACAGCAAGUAAACGAAAAAUUCGCAACAAAGUAAAUGGGUUUAUGAGUUCGAGGUAACGGGCGGUUUCAGAUAAUUUAAUUAAUUUUAGCUGUUAAAAGCUAGCAAAAAAGUUUGCUUAAGUUCGUGGGUUUCUGUUACAGCUUUGUUUUCGAUUUAUGACGUAAAAUGUUUUAGUUCACUCUCAAGAAAGACUACUCGCUGUUGCUUUACUUUUUCCGCGCACAGGUGCAAGUAGACGUAGCUGUUGUUGACUAGCAAGACCAUUAAAUUUCGUCACGCUUAACAUCUCUCCUGUGUUGCACUUUAGGUCAAAGUUGUUUUUAAAAGGUUUCUUUAAACCUCUUUGGUUCUAAAAGGCACAGUUUGUGCAUCAGAUACCUGCACCAUAACACGGCAAUUAAAACAUGACAAAGUUACAGUGGGAAAGUUGCAGAUGACGGCUACUCACGAAGCGCUAUUUUUAUGACAAUCCUUAUCGAGAGAGAUAAAUAAACAACAUAAAGCAAGCGGAGAGUAUUUUUAGAUCAGAAAAUAAUGGCCUAGAUGCCAAAGUCCAUACUCAUGAUACGACUAGUUUAACUUCAUCAUGUGAGUAUCAUUUGUCCGUUAGUGGAAAACAAUAAUUAGACGCAUAUUUUAUUACCUACUUUAAAUUAGUGUAAGGAAUAUUUGCAAUAUUUAUGUCGAUUUAUUCAGUUGUGUGAUAUUAUUACUAGAUAUUGAGAUAUGAACGAGUUAAGCAGUCUAGCAUUAACAAGAAGUAUACAAUAAGCGAUCAGAUCAAGCGAAGAUCUUAGUUAUUGAAAGGAGAGAGAUGGUUUUAAAAAUUGCUUUAGAGGACUUCGAAGAACGUACUAACUUUUAAGCCUUCUAAUGAUCAAAUGCGUUAGCUGCAGUUGAAUUAAAUUCCGUUAUAAUUCGAGUACACUGUUUAGUAGUCGACUCUAUUAAGUAUUUGCCUUUUGGUGACUAUUGAGAACUAGCACAAGACUACGUUAGUGAUACAAAAGACACUCGGCAAUUCGAUUUGUCAGGGAUUUCGGGCUACACUCCCGUUUGCAAAUUUUGGGACACCUACAUCCUCCCCUGCUCCUCUCGAUGUUGGUCUGCUAAAUGGUAUAGACACACUGGUAUAGAAACAUCGGCAUAGAAACAUCUUCAUAGAAAAAUGGGCGUUUAUUAAAACAUUGGUCUUUAUAGAAAAAUUAACAUAGUUAGAUCAGCAUUUAUAGAAACACUGGCAUAGACACAUUGGUAAUUAGCAUCAUUAUAAAGGCGAGAGGGACGGAAGAACAUUUCAGACGUACUUCAGAAGAAAUAUUUCAACUAAUUAUGUCAAGAAGUGUAGCUGAAAUCAAGUAAACGAAAAAUUGAUAACAAAGGAAAUGGGUUCCUAAGUUCGAGGUAACGGUCGAAUUCAGGUGAUUGAAUUAAUUUAGCUGUUAAAAGAACCACUGACAUAGUUUGCUUUAGUUCUUUAGUUCGUAACAGCUUUGAACUCGAUUUAUUACGUAAAAUGUUUAAGUUUUCUCUCGAGAAAGAUUACCCGCUGUUGCUUUACUUUUUCCUCGCACAGGUGCAAGUAGCUGUUGCUGACUUGCAAGACCGUCACAUUUCGUCUCACUUAACAUCUCGCCUGUGUUGCACUUUAGGUCAAAGUUGUUUUUCAAAGGUUUUUUUUUUUAACCUUUUAGGUUCUAAAAGGCAUAGUUUGUGUAUCACACGCCUGCACGACAACACGGCAAUUAAAACAUGACAAAGUCACAGUGGGAAAGUUGCAGAUGACGGCUACUCACGAAGCGCUAUUUUACAUGACAAUCCUUAUCGAGAGAGACAAAUAAACAAUAUAAAGCAAGCGGCGAGUAUUUUUAGAUAAAAAAAAUAGUGGCCUAGAUGUCAAAGUCCAUACUUAUGAUACGGCUCGUUUAACUUGAUCAUGUGUGUAUCAUUUGUCCGUCAGUGGAAAACAAUUGUUAGAAACAUGUUAUAUUACCUACUUUAAAUGAGUGUAAACCUUUUCUUCUUAACGUUUUAAGGUAAAUUCCUUUAGCAACUAGUAUUUGUUUGGUGCACUAUUGUCACUUGCUCUUGGAUAUGACCACUCCAUGUUCUUGUUCUCUGAUAAUCAGAAGAGAUAAACGUUACGUUUGCAUGACUACAGCUACUUCAGGUUCGAGCUUACUAAUAUUUGUCGUUUGAAUAUUGUUUAACAUUAUUCAAACUAAAAGAAAAUUAUCAUAUCCAACAAAGGGAAAACUUGUCGAAAAGCACAACAAACGUGUUAAUCGUAAGAUUUUUUGCUUCUCAAGGCUAAAAUAAACUCAUACACGUAAUCAGCUCUCACAAGCACUUGAUAGGUGGACCUACCAACAAGAACAUAUUUAAAAUAGAAAACCUCCUUUCCAAUUCUUAUGGACAUUUGUCAUUCAUGAUUUAUGAAUAUGGAAAUAAGAUGGAAAUCUCUUGAACCAAUGUUGAACCACUGCCCGUGAAGCGUACGCACUCAUUAUGAAAUAGUUUUUCAACGGCACACAGUUGAGUUGAACCACUGCCCGUUAUCAAUGGAUGAUAAAGUCAAUAAGCGGGAAACUUGGAGCAAGACGAUCGACUUUGUUCUUGCGCUCGUAGGGUUCUCUGUUGGACUGGGAAACAUUUGGCGCUUCCCGUACCUUUGCUAUAAAAAUGGUGGAGGUGAGUGUAGAUGGCGUGACGGUUGAUGAUGAUUACUGUAAAUUUACUUAUAUUAUGUAAGUGCUGGUGCUUUUGAUAAUCUGGCGAAACUUCAUUCGUUUCCAUUUGAAUAUGUUCGAAUAAAGCGUGAAGGAGCAACUGCAGAAUACCUUGCCACUUUGGUCCACCUCAUUUAUGCGUCGGGACGCUUCUAAGAUUGAAGCAUAACACAACAAACUGUAUUCUUAUUCAAUGACGCGUAAAUGAGUGGCAGGGUAUUCUGCAGCUUAGCCAGCUUGAAAAAAAAUUUACAGUUCGUAAAAUAUAUCUUUGGUCAACCUUGUUUUGACAUCCAUUUACCAAAUUAUACUGAGAUGCUUCCGUCCGUGCGUCACCCACGUCAAGGCCAUCCACGUGUCUCACAAGGAAUCGGCUAUAAACUUUGUUUUAUUAGAUUUGAAAAUUUUAUCUAGUGGCCUCGUGAUGUGCUUAACAAUGAAUCUGAAAAAUUUUUCUUUCUUUCUAGCUGAAACCAAAUGAGAAAGCGACUAAUCCCAUCGGUCAAACUUGUUUUGAGCGGCUCCAUUCACCACUUUAAAUUAACGAACCUUUAUCCGUGCGUCACUCAGGUCAAUGCCUCGUGCCUCAACACUCGGCUGCAAACUUUAUUCAAUUACAUUUGGGAACUUUGUGUAGACACCUAAUGAUGUACCUGACACUGAAUUUGAAAACUGUUUCAUUUUUCUCUUGCUGAGAGCAACUAACAUAUUUCCAUGACUUAAGUAUAGUGUUAGGAGCGAUCGAACAAUCGUUUAAGAAUCUUUAAAGACCACAAUACAACUAGUACUUAUGCAAAACAGUGACGUCUUUGAAACUUCUGAGGGCCAGUAUUUUAGUACAUUAUCAAUCUCCUUCUUUCUAUAAGCUUGAAAACAUUUCUUUUCGUUGUCAGGGACAAAAAUCUAAAUGCUUUUGCAUGCAUGGAAAAAUACAAAUAUGCAGAUUUUAAAGGAAACCACCCUAGACCAUUCUACACUGCUUCCAUUUUGAAACAGUUAAGAUGUAAUUUUUCCAGCUCUUUCUGAAUAUAUUUAAUUUUCCUUUUGUUUUGAUGGUCUUUACCUCGAGUGAUUUAUCGUCGGUUUAUGAUCAAAAAUUGCGUCGACAACGAAGCAGACCAAUGUACAUUAUUUGAGAAUUAUGGACAGCAAGUUUUUAUUUACAAUUGAACAUUAUUUGCUGAUUCAAACGCAAUGAACAGGUUUUCGUUAAGAGGUGCACUUGACGACGGAAGCCUCCGGCUGAUGUGUUUUCCACUGAGUUGUAAUUCGUUCUUGAUUCAUUAUCCAAAUUCUGUUUUGUUUGCAUGUGUUACCGGGUACCUCAUGUAGGAUGUUUUCUGAUCCCGUACCUAAUUUGCCUCGUUUUUGCUGGUGUACCUGUUCUCAUCCUGGAAGUUUGUCUGGGACAGUUUGCAAGUCAAGGUGGAAUUACAGCAUGGCUUAUAUGUCCACUUUUUCAAGGUUUGUUUUAAUCAGUUAAAAUGUAUGUAAUAGUUCAGUUCUAUUGUUGAUUUUUGUCCCAUUGGAUGUGGCAAACGAUUAUCAAGAAAUCAUGAUUAUAAUUUUUCUCGUAACUCUGUUAAAGAUAAUGAAUAAAGACUGUAAGUUUCUAAAGGAAACUGUGGUGCUGUGUCGGUAAGUUUGGGCGGGGGGGAGAUAUCCCGAUAUAAUUUGGUCCUAUAAGCUGAGUUUAUGAUGAAAAAUGGCCACCGUAGAGAGAUUUUAAGGUAAAGAGAUUCUAACGUUACGAGCAUCAGGCCCCAUUUACCAUAAAUGUUUAAAGAAGCGAAGUAUUACCGAUACCUGACCAUUAAAUAACGUGAAAAUAGGUCACAUCAAUAGCAAUUCGAGGGAACAGAAGUAAGAUUGGUUGAUGUAACAUUUUAAAUACCUUUUAUCGUGUUCUUGAUUGCCGACAUCUUGCCAGCACUAAGUUAGACGAUUACCUUGAUUAACGAUUUUCAAGUUGUACUCAAGAGAAUAUCGUCAGUUCAUAUUUUCCUGUUGUCCUACAUUAAACCGAGCCUGGACAGUUUUCCGCCGUUUGUUCGCACUAGGUCUUCCAUUCAGUUUAACAGAAAGUGAGAAUGUAAGGGAGGAAAGAUAUACGUACGAUCAGGCAUUUUCUUUUACCUUUGCUGCUUUUUGUCGGUGAGAUGAUGCUUUCAUGAGAGACUGGUAAGAUAUGAAUAUGAAAACGAUCUUGGCAGUAACGAAAUUCAGGCCUGUACGGAAUUUGAACCCGUGACCCCUGCGAUACCGGGUUUAUUACGAACAACAACUUGCAGUGAAUAUAUUUAAAAAUAGAUUCCAAGUUGCCGUGUGUCUGUUCAGUAAUAGAUCACAGAUGACGUCAAAAUGUGGUAAGAACAAAGAAGUGGCGCACGAGGCACAGUAUGCAACUUGGAAUCUAUUUGUUUUAUAUAAUAAAGAAUUAAAAUAUACGGAAAAAGUUUUAAUGGUGGCGUCAUCUAUACGUUUGUCCUCCAAUAGAUCAUAAGUAAGAAUCAAUCAGAAUGCGUGCAUAACUGAGCUUAUAUAUAUAUAUAUAUUAUAAACAUUUGAAUUUUGAUUCCAUUGUAGGUAUUGGAUGGGCAAGUGUCAUCAUCGUUCAGUUUUUAAACAUAUAUUACAUCGUCAUCCUUGGCUGGGCUCUGUUUUACAUGUUCGCAUCUUUCCAAUCCGAGCUUCCUUGGUCUCGCUGUGGCAAUGAUUGGAACACACCGAAUUGUGUUGACUAUGUCACAUCUGAAAAAGGCUCCAGUAUAGCCAAUACCACAGUCAUACCAACCGUAAUGGCGAACAUGUCGAACAUGUCAACAGUACCAACUGCUGUGGCAAAGGCAGCUAGAGUGUCUGCGAGCGAGGAGUAUUUUGAGUGAGUGAAGCUGUAAGGUAGUUUAAUAUUAACUCUUUGACUUCUAAGAGUGACUUAUUACCCCUGACUCAAACAGUUAGGUCACGAAAAUUUUUAAAAAAUGAUCACCAACUAAAGAAACUCUAUUGUUAAACAAAUUUUCCUUAUAAGCACUUUAACAAAUGUUUAGAGAACAGUAUGCAUUAUAUGUAAAAAAGUUAUGGGCAGCGUCCCGAUGUUUUAAGUUUAUUUAUUAUGGGGAACAAGAGUACCUUGUACUCGAAACUAGUCGAUCAGUCGGUAAAUCGGCCAGUUGGUCAGUCGGUCUGUCAUUCAUUUAGUAAAUCAGCGGGUGGGUCAAUUAGUUUGUUAGUCAGUCAGUUGGUCGGUUAGUUGGUUAGUUAGUCAGUCGGUCAGGCGGUUAGUCGGUUGGUCAGCUAGUCGGUCACUUGUUCAGUUGGUCUGUUGGUCAGUCGGUCAGAUGGCCAGUCAGCCAGUCAUCCAGCCAUCCAGGCAGUCAUCCAGGCAGUCAUCCAGCCAGUCAUCCAGCCAGUCAUUCAGCCAGUCAGCCGGUCAGUCAGCUGGUCAGUCAGGCAGUCAGUCAGUCGGUCAGUCAGCUAGUUUGUCAGUUGUUCAUUCGGUCUGUUGGUCAGUCGGUCAGUUGAUCAGUCGGUUGGUUUGUCAAGCAGUCAGUCGGUAAGUCAGCUGGUUGGUCAGUUGUUCAGUCGGUCUGUUGGUCAGUUGGUUAGUCGGUCAGUCAGUUGGUUAGUCGGUCAGCCAGUUGGUCAGUUGUUCAGUCGGUCUGUUGGUCAGGAGGUCAGUUGGUCAGUUGGCCAGUCAGUCAGUCAGUCAGUCGGCCGGUGGGUCAGUUGGUCAGUCAGUUGGUCGGUCGGUCAUUCAUUUAGACAGGGAAGAUAACUAUUAUUAUUUUUAUGCAGAGUAUCAUCAAUUUGAACAAUUGAACAAAUAUAUCUAGUAGGCGGGUUCAUAAGUCAACCGAGCCCCGCGAUGAUUACCAACUACACUACUUACCUCUCUCCAGACAUAGAGUUUUAAAGCUGAGCACUGCUUUGGAUGAACCCGGCAUAGUGAACUGGGAAGUAGCUUUGUGUCUCUUGUUGGCUUGGAUAAUCUGUUACCUCUGUGUUUUCAAAGGUGUCAAAUCCACAGGAAAGGUGAGGGAGCUGUAAUCUUAACAUUUUUAAAUUUCUUGCUCUCUUAGGUUGCCCAACACGGAGAGAAUUAUGUUGUUGAGUGAAGUUUUCUUCCGAGUUUAAGGGACUUUUAAAUUCUAUUCACUUCUCUGAGAAAAUUUCCAUUAUAGGAAACGUAUCUAACUUUUUUUUGUUUCUAAUUGACGUUCUUACAAUCUCCUUUACCGAUGAAACUCCCACAAGAGCUUCCUCGAGAACUGAAUUUUUAUUAUCCUUCACUAAAAGCUAAAUUCGAAAGGGUCAAGGAAUAUCUAAAUUAUUUUCGAUCUUUUAACUGGCACUUCUUUCUGGCCCUUUAUACAUAUUCUUUAACCCAAAUAAUUUCUUAGGAUAAUCUUAACACAGUUAAUUUAAACUUAUGCUUUUUUUUUCCCCUUGUCACCACGAUGAAUCGAACCUCAGACCUACGCGUUCUGAUACUCAACCUCUGAUCUUCGACUGACAAAAACUCUUCAUUUGACCCUGAUGAUGACUUCGGCUUAGGUUGUCGAAACGUAAGUCACUUCUACCGACAACAUUCCUUCUCGGGACUACCCACACCAAGACGAUUAAAAACCGCACGUUCAAAUGUUACAUCUGGGUUCAAACCAUUUACUAUACAGACAACAAUAUUGGCAAAUAUAAUUAGCUAACAACAACAGCUCAAUAAAAAAAAAACAACAACAAACAAACAUACGGACAGGGAAAGGAGCUUAUCAAACACUGAAACUCUGAUUGGAAACUCCAUUAUUACAGAAAUGAUAUAUUUCACAGGUUGUCUACUUCACUGCUACAUUUCCUUAUGUACUUUUGACGAUUUUGCUCGUUCGAGCCGUCACUUUACCUGGUGCUGCUGAAGGGAUCAAGUUUUACCUCACUCCAAAUUUUACUCGACUGGCUGAUGGUCAGGUGAGAAAUGGUGAAUAAAUUGUAAAAUUGAAUGAACCAAUUCAAAAAAUAUUUUUUUUAUUAUUUAUGAACUCCAAGCUUUAAGAGGGUCUUAAUGGGUUAGGCGUAAAAAAUUGACAAUUUUGGACCGUUAUUCGUAAAAAAUGUUAACCGUGAACAUUAUUUUUAAUCGCAACUGGAAAAAGAUUGACUGUUAGCUAUUAAUGAGCCAAAAUUUUAACUGUUAGCCGUGAAAGCUAUUACCCUAUUGAGACCUACCUUUAAGUUAAAUUUUACACUUGGUCAAUUAUUUACUCAUAGUUUUUCUUGAAACUCGAAGGUGUGGCUUGAUGCUGGAACGCAAGUGUUUUUUUCAUAUUCUAUUGGACUUGGAACGUUGAUUGCCCUCGGGAGUUACAACAGAUUCCAUCACAACUUUUACAGGUUAGAAAAACACAAGAAAAUUUGCCUGGUCUCUUUGCGUGAGAGUGUCGCCUCUUGUCUACUUGGUGACGUUUCGAUAACCUUUCCACAGUUCUAGCUGAGAUAUUAUGGCCGUGUUUGUAUGAGAUUACAUUUAGCGAAAUUGAGCUUUCAAUCAGCAAAUUUGCUCACGUUUUAAAAACUCGAUGCUGCCUUGGAGAAUCCAAUUUAAGAAUACAGUGACGCCAUUGGUAGAAUUUUAUGAUGAAAGAGUCAAAGGGUCGAACACCUGUAUCUAUUUAAAACACAAUUACUAAGUAUUUCACGAUAGCGCGGUUUUCAGCUGGUCUUAGAUUGCUUUGCAUAAGUCUUCUUAACUUUGCCCCGUAAUUGGUCUAAAAACUCUCUCACCACUUUGAUCAAUCAAAUGCAAAACUAAAGCCAAUCUCAACUUGGUUACUUGCUUUUUUCCGCGCUUUACGCAGGGUGCCUGAUUUUAUUUUGAGUUCCCAUUCGUUCAUGAUGAUUCGACCCUUGUUCUGAUUGGUUUCUGUGAUCACUUGGGUUUUGGUUUUCGGCCCUCAAUUGAAAACUGCUCUAAACAAUUAAAUUCUGAAUUAAUAAAAAGCGGAUGUCUUGUUAUUUAGCGAAAAUUUGUGUCAAACAUUUUAACUUAACAAUUAAUGCCAUUUCUCGCACAGGGACAGCAUAAUAUUCGCUUGUGUAAACAGUGGAACAAGUUUCUACGGUGGUUUUGUGAUAUUCUCGGUUCUUGGCUUCAUGGCUCAGAAGCAAGGGGUUGAAGUGAAGGACGUGGCAAAAGGGGGUAAGAAAAGACGGGUAGAGCCUGGGUAGAGCAAUUUUCAAACGAUUGUUUAAACCAACUCGAGAUUGUAUUAAAUUUACCUUUCAUCCCUAUGUAAUUAGUCCAGAAAACUCGCACCACUCUCGCAUACGUUUAUUAGUUCAUUAAGUUGUAUCUUCUCAAACUUUGUUUGAUAAGAUCUUAGUUUUUGCCUCAUUCAGAAGAUAUUGUUUAUUUCGCGAUAAAAUCUACCUGAUUUCCCGGGCUCUGUAAUAUACAUAUCAUACCCCCUUUUUGGCAGUUCACUAGCAAUCAAAUCCUCUUAAGGCCCUUGUCUACACUCUGUUGGUGGCGACUGAACUCCUCCUUUUCCCCUAAAAACCAUGAGAUCCCCUCCCAAAUCCUCCAAACCCCCAUGAAAAAAAAAAAACUGUUUCUGGUCUCUAACUCAUCACAUCGCCUCCUCGCUAGGUCCAGGACUCGCAUUCAUCGCUUAUCCAGAGGCCGUUGCUCAGAUGCCUUUGGCCCCUCUAUGGUCGGUUCUGUUUUUCUUUAUGGUCUUCUUGCUGGGACUCGACAGCGAGGUAUUAGAGCGAAUUUGCAGUUUAUCAAACUUUAUUCUGGAUAUCUUGUGUGUUUUACAAGUAUGUGUAUUGACAUUGAAGAAAACACAAAGGCGCAUAUUAUGAUAAUGACCUCUAAUGUUUGUCUUAUUCCAAGUUUGUAGGCAUUGAGGGAUUUGUAACAGCCAUUGUGGACCUGUUCCCCAGACACUUAAGGCGUGGUUAUCGUAAAGAGAUGUUCAUCGCAUUUAUGUGCUGUAUCUGGUUUCUCAUUGGUCUGUCCAUGGUUACUAAGGUACCUUCAAAAGCAUAAAAGAAAAACGUAGAGAUCUUGUGUUAUAACCUCGUGGAACUAGAUUACAAGCAUGUCAUUAUUAUUAAGCCCUGCAGGACGCUUUUUUCUCCUCCUGCAAAAAGAUUUAGGUCGAGUCGACGGGAGGUUUAUCUCUGGGAUCGGUGCUGGGGAUCUGAGUGGCACUAAUAAUGAGACCUACACUCGGUGCACACUUCUUGCUGGUUUUCGUUUCUGAAAGCCUCUAGCAGGCGAAGAAACUCUCGCUUAAGCAAACCACGACGGCAGCAACGAGGAGGCAAAACAACACCGCGAAAUUAUCAAAAUUUGCGUGACAAACUCUGACGGCAGAUCAUUUAUGUUUCCAUUUUUAACUCAACCAUGCUCACAUGCGUUAAGCGUAAGUUUGGGUGGCAACGUAAGUGAUGGUAAACACGUCCAGUCAUUCGUGAAAUUCUCACCACAAAUAAGAAUCAGUUUCCUAAAUUCACGUCUUCCUCUGCUUCCCCGUCCUGACUACUUAAGGUCCUUAAUGAGGGCCUCAACAAGCUCUUCGGAAAGUAACUCUACUUUUUAUAUCAAAUUCCUGGUUAAUGAAGCCCCGAUCAAAAGCCUCCACAGAGUUUUUACUUCAAUUAAAUUUCUUUCAUGAGAUUGAUAAUUUGCCAAAAAAACAAAAUAAUAAAAGAUCAUAGAACGUAAAAGUAAAUGAUUUUUUCUGUAAAAGCGCUAACUUACGAAGUAUUUUUCUGCAGGAAUGGAUUGUGUUUUACGACCACAUUUCCGCUAGUUUUAAAGGGAUAUGUAUUUUUAUACAGUUACAUACAAUUAAAAAAAAAAAAGCAUAUGUCUCCAACAUGAAACAAAGAAAAGUGCGAUUUGUUAACCAUGACACGACAACCGCAAUCGGCAAAAAUAGAUAUAAGCUCUGGUUUUACAUUUUUAACAGACGAGCAACGGAGAAAGCGUUAGGGAGCUUGAUCAUAUGAUAGAUUAUGUCUUAUUCACUUCUCUUCAUACCUUUGUGGAAUUGCAGCCCACGAUUUUCAUUAAAUGUUGAUGUUUUUCUUUAUUUCUCAGGGUGGGAUGUACGUCUUUCAACUAUUUGACAAUUACUCGGCCAGUGGCUCUGCUCUUUUGUGGAUCGCCUUGUUCCAAAGUAUUGCCAUUGGUUGGAUCUACGGUAAGAAGAUAAUAGUUGCAACCAGGAGUGGGGACGGAGGUUCUGUUUAUACGCCUGAAUUGACUAAAGUGGUCUUUAUUAAAACGUUUGGACACAGAAUAUGCUUUGACCAACCGUCUAAAGGAGUUUUAACCUCCAAUGAAAGUUACGAUAAAUUAGGAGACAGUGCGAUUCCACAGUCCACGUUUCCUUCGAUCACGUGCGAGUUUCCCAUUGUCUCAGUAUCUUGUAUGAACCGACCCAAUUUCAUUGGUUUUCCGAUAGGUGGUGAACGUUUCUAUGACGAUAUGGAGAAUAUGAUCGGAUUUCGUAUCAACCCGUGGCUCAGGUGGUGCUGGAUGAUAUUCACACCUAUUUUCUGUUUGGUAAGACAAAAUAUUUAUUUAUCAGUCUCAGAAUUGUUCUCAGUUUCAUUAAGAGACGUAAUAGAGAGGGGGAAAGGCAGUGACUUUAUUAGAUAAAUGUUAAUUUGCCGUUACGUUUAACACAAUGGCAUCUGGGUCAAGAGAGUCUGGCUUGAGCCUUGGCCAGAAUGAGUCACCUUAAGGAUAUCAUCUCUUUUGUCCACAGGGCGUCUUCAUUUUCAGUCUAGUGACGUACUCGCCUCUAGAAUACAACGAUUACAAGUACCCUGACUGGGGAGAAACCAUAGGCUGGAUCAUGGCUUUGUCUUCAAUCGUGUGCAUUCCAAUUGUGAUGAUAUACAAGUUGGCCACAACACCAGGCUCUCUAAGAGAAGUAACUACCACAUUAGUGUUCACUAACCUUUAAGGGGAGAAUGUGUUACUGAUACCAUGUUUGAGAAAAAAAUGUUCUAACCUCAAAUACGAUGCGCGAAUGAAAAACUAGUGAUUGAAACGUCGGCAGUUGAUUUUCAAGAGUUUUAGAUGAAAACGUUUCAAUUCAAACUAAGAUUCCUCAUUUUCCUUUGUACACACCUAUUACAAUCAUAAAAUUAUGCGUCUGUAUAUUUUAUCUCCAAUGUAAGCAAGGCAUUGUGAAUAUGUCUUGCAUAUAUUGGAGGAACCUUAACGGUUGCAUUGGAAAGUAAUGUAAAGUAAUCACAAUAGUUCGACCGACUAUACUUGAAAGUUGCUGAGGUCAGGGCUCGGGCUUUGUUGCAGAGUCCAAACCGGUCAGAAUUCCAGCUCUGGCCAGUUACUGUAUUCAUUGACAAGACACUUGUGUCUCCAGCUCUCCUUAACCCAGAAUUAAUUAGCAAUUUUUAUGAUCAACUGUACGUUCCGACAGACGUAGUCUUGACUUACCGGUUGAGAUCCAAGUAUUUCGAUGACAUGACGAGUCUACUAAUAAUUUUACUCGCUAUACGUACACAUAGUCGCGAGUGAUGACAAAAAUCUUUACAUCGACUUCUCCUCACGGAAAAUAAGAAUCCUAUAGAAUUUGCGUCACUCCCAACCAAUGGCUUCCUUGCUCAGUUGGUACAUAGUGGUGACCAACAAUAAUCUGGGAGACACGGGUCCCUUCGGAGCCUGAAUAUUUUUAGGCUUAUCCUGCAAUGGCUAAAACUCCAACACUUCUGCGAGGAUCAUUUCUUUUCAUGACCUCUUACAUCAUCUAACUUAUUCAUGCAUUUCAUUCAUUUUCGUCAACAGCGUUGGGAUACCCUGACCACGCCCAGUCUAAAGAAUCAGUCACUAGAGGCCAAAAGGCACGAUUUCCCUCAGGCGUCUUACAAACUCCAAACCACGGCAUCGCUUUGAGGGCAUAUACGUAUGAUUUGGUUUUCCUCAGCUAUAAUGUGUUUAUUGGGACUUUUCACAAACCCUGUACCUGUUUAUUUUAAUCAUUGUAGGAACCGUCAGGCAACGGUCAUCCUUUUGGAAUAUAUUUACUUACAAAUCCUCAAUUGUAUCAAAUAUUCGUAUUAAUUUGUUCAAACAAUAAUGGUGUUAACGGA